AUGUCUUACAACAACGACUCCGAUAGCUACGGUAGCCGUAACCAGAGCUCUGGCUAUGGUGGCAACGAUAGCUACGGCAGCAACAGCAACGACAGCUAUGGCAGCGGAAACAAGUCGAGCUCUGGCCGCAACAAUGAUAGCUAUGGAAGCAGCAAUGACAACAGCUAUGGCAGCGGAAACAACAACCGCUCCUACGGUAGCAAUGAUGACAGCUACGGAAGUGGCAGCAAGUCUAGCUCCGGCCGUGACGAUGACAGCUACGGUAGCAAGAAGGACUCGUCCAGCUACGGAGACAACAACGAUAGCUAUGGCAGCGGAAACAAUGACAGCUACGGAAGCAAGUCCAGCUCCAGCCGUGACAACGACAGCUAUGGCAGCAACAAGAACUCCUCUAGCUACGGAGACAACAACGAUAGCUACAGCAGCGGAAACAAGUCCAGCUCUGGCCGUGACAAUGACAACAGCUAUGGCAGCAGCAACAAUGACAGCUAUGGCAGCAAGAAAGAUUCUUCUAGCUAUGGAAGCAAUCACGGCAGCUACAGCAGUAACAAUAAUGACAACAGCUAUGGAGACAACAAGAGCAGCAAUGAAAGCUAUGGCGUCUCAAGCUACAGCAGUGGAAACAAGUCUAGCUCUAGCCGUGAUAACGACAACAGCUACGGAAGCAGCAACACCGACAGCUAUGGCAGCAACAAGAACUUCUCCAGUUACGGAGACAACAACGAUAGCUACAGCAGCGGAAACAAGUCCAGCUCUGGCCGUGACAAUGACAACAGCUACGGCAGCAAUGACACCUACGGUGACUCCAACUCUGGCCGUAACAACGACAGCUAUGGCAGCAGCAAUGACAACAGCUAUGGAAGCAGCCGCCGUGACGACAACUACUAA